UAAAAGAAGUGUUUUUUGCAGUAUUUUAGUUGUGGUGGCUAGUGUUUUAACUCUUUUUUUAGGCAACUAUCCACGUUAUAAGUAAACAUGCCUUUUCUGUAUAAAGAAUGCGUAGAACUCGCUCAAACUGCUGUUGGCUGUCGGGUGAUUAAAUUACCAACAGCAAAAAGGAAGAUCCACGAAAAGCAAUAUUGUGGUGUGUUGAAGCGAGUGGAUACUCGGUAUAAAGUUACCGUGGUUUGGGAUGAUGGUACUGAAGAAACUGUACAACUACCAGAUCAAGAACUAUUAAUAUACGACACAUCAGCUGCAGGGAACCGUAAUCGUGGUGUUACAUGUGACGCCUGCAAGUUAAACGAUAUAUCUGGUCCAAGAUUCAAGUGUCUGGUGUGUUAUGACUUUGACUUGUGCUACAAAUGCUACCAUGCAGGCAAGCAUGAUAAAUCCCACAGAUUCUCAAGGAUAAUGUAUUGCAUGGGUUGGACAGAGUUACCAGAACGAAGUAAGAGCAGUACAUGUGUUGUGAUUGGUAUAAUGGCCGGGUCUAAAGUAAAGCAAGGACCAGAUUGGCCGAGCAAUGAUGAUUCUGUUGGGAAAAAUGAAACUGGCAAAGUAACAGAACUUAUAGAUUGGAAAGAUGCUUUUUACGACAGUGGUGUAAAAGUCGCAUGGGAGGCAACUACAAGCAAAUAUCGACUUGGAUAUAAUGGUAACUCUGAUGUACAACUUGCAGAAGAGGACACGACAUUGACUCUUUACCAAGAACAUCUGCUUAACUUGUCGGAAUAUUUUAAUUUCUGCUUCAGCAUGAAUGUUGACCAACCCCUGAUUGGAGAUAAAGUUAUCAUUUCAGCUUCCCCUUCGGACUUGGAGAAAUUUCAAAGUGAACAUGGCGGAUAUAGCAAAGAAAUGGAAGAGUAUCGUGCAAAAAUUGGAUCCGUCAUUCAAAUUAUACAAAGCUCAGAUGUUGUGGUUGUUUUUACGGAUACAAAACGAUUUCGAUUCAACCCCAAAGCUAUGAAAAUAGUGAAAACAUUUGAAGAGGUGGCCGAUUCAUUCCAAGAAAGUAAAAAGAAAUUGAAGAUUGGAGCUAAGGUUCAGAUAACAACCGAUGAAGAAAAUUGUAAACGAUUGCAACGUUUUCAUGGAGAAUGGAACGAAAUGAUGGGUCAGUUCAUUCGAAAAGUUGGGACACUGAUUCGAUACGACAAUGAUGAUGACGCUGUUGUUGCGUUUAACAAAAGAACCCUCUCAUUCAUUUAUAACCCAACGCUUUUGGAGGCUUAUGAAGGCAAAGAAAGUACAUCAGAUGAACAAGACUUCACAGAAGAGAUGAAUCAGAAGAAUAUACAACAUAAUGUUUCAGUUUCUGAAACAUCAAGUUUUAUACCAAUGGUGGGGUGCUCUGUUGUUUCAUUGUCGAGAAAAAUAGAGAGCAAGUACUGUGUUCUGGGUACCAUAUCAGAGGUACACACCAACAAACUUAUGGUGGUUUGGAGCAAUGGAAUAAAAGAAACUGUAACUGCUGACUCAUGCAAUACACUGUGCCUGUAUGACUCAGCUGUGGCAGGUGUGACACAUGAGGAUAAGAAAUGCAAAACAUGCACAGAGUGUCCAAUAUAUGGAACACUGUGGAAAUGUUAUGACUGUAUGGACUUCUAUCUAUGUUCUGACUGCUAUCAUAACAAUGAACAUAGCUUACAGCAUAAGUUUUGGAGACUUGCAAAACCUGGAGAUAAAAAGACACUUGUGCCAUGUCGUAAUAACUCCACUUCCAACUUAGUAAGUGGAGUGUUGCCGGGUGCAACUGUUAAACGAGGUUUGAACUGGUUGUGGGGUGAUGAAGAUGGAGGUGUGGGCAGCACUGGAAAGGUCCUUGAGUUAAAAGACUGGGAUGACGAAAGCCCCAGAAGUGCGGCCAAAAUAAAAUGGAAUAACGACCAACAGAAAACUUACAGAGCUGGUUUUAAUGGGGAGCUGGAACUAAUUGUAGUUAAACCGAAUCCAAGGCAGUGUUACGUAUGUCACCUGCCAAAUUUAGAUUUAAAGGGCUUUGUAUCUGAGAAAACGGUAUCCAUGUCUUCAAAAGAGUAUGAACCUUCAGAGCACAUAGACAAGUUUGGAAGUCAAGCAAUAGAAGAAGAAGAACCGGUUAUAACUAGUUUAAAGUUGCCUAAACCAGAAGUCACAUAUAAUCUUGAAGAUGUUUUUGUUGGAUCACGAGUAGUUAAAGGAAGUGGAUGGGAGUUUGAUGAGACAAGGAUUGUCAAGAAAACUGAGUCAGAUAUCGGGAACUUGAAAGAAAAUGUCAAAAUGUUGGGCACGGUUACCAGCACAGACAAAGUUGUCAUGGUAACAUGGGAUGAUGGGCAAGAUGAGAUAUAUGAUAUUGUGGAAUGUAGGGAUUUACUUCUUUUCCAAUCAGCACCAGCAGGUAUAAAGCACCCAGGUAUUGGGUGUAAUAGCUGUCUUGCUACCACCAUAUAUGGUGUGCUAUGGUCAUGCCAAGAAUGUAAUGACAUCAAUUUAUGUUCGAAUUGUUAUUUUAACGACAAGCAUGAUAAAGAUCAUGCGUUUUAUAGAAAGAAUAAUUCAAGUGAAAACAGAGUUUUGGUUGCUCCAAGGUCUGAAGAAGAGCCAGGGUUGGUCACUGGUUUAUUGGUGGGAUCUAUUGUUCAGUUUAGUGAGGAUUCUACUAUUUGUUCAAAUGGGGAGAAAGGAAAAAUCAUCUCCUUAUGCAACUUGGCACCCAACUACCCCAACAGUGGUGUAAGGGUGAAACUAAAUGAUGGUAGCAUCAAGACAGCUCGUGUCGGUUUUAAAGGAAAAGUUGAUUUAAAAGUUGAAACAUUGACAUCUGAUAACAUUCCAUGCUAUUUCCAACACCUUCCAACUCUAGGGGGUAAGAUUGUGGGAACAAAUAAAGAUGAACAACCAGCGCAACCUGUGCAAAAAGAACCAAGUGUACACACUGCACCAGCUGCACAAACUGCACGUGAUGCACAAGAAACUGUUCCAGAUGAACCACCAGUACCAAAACAAAAUUCUCGAACAUCAGAAUACGGGUCAAUGGGCACAAAUAAAGCAGAAUCACCACAAGAGCCCGCCGAUGACGUUACAAUAGGCCAGAGAGUCUACAUAGUUGGAAGUCCAGAUAAUAUAAAUUUGUUGUACAAACAAGCAGAAGUUAGAGGAUUUGAAGAUGACAACUUAGUAGUUUAUCUUUUGGUUGAGAAGAAAAUCAUAAGGUGCGGAAGGGGGGCAGUUAUGACAAGCUCACAAGUCCCCGAUGAAAUGCUUGAACAAUCAAGACGACAAGCAGCUGAAGCUGGAUAUGAGUUUGAUGAUGAAGAAGAGCAGGAGGACCCUCAGGUGAUCUCAUCAAACGUGGAAGAGGAAACUGCUCCCAAGGAUCAUGUCUCGGAGGAGCAAAAAAUGGAUGCAAAAGAGGAUGAAAAUCAAUCAUAUGUGGCAUCUGAUGAUCGUGCAACACAAGUAAAUAAAGAUGAUGGGUUAGAGGUUGGUGACCAAGUAAAAACAACACUUGCUCCUGAAGUUUUAAAAUCCCUACAGAAGGGGCAUGGUGGUUGGAAUAGUCAGAUGGUGCAGUACAUAGAAGAAGUGGGAACUGUCACCCAAAUAGAUAACGAUGAAGAUGUGAGGGUUCAUUACAUGGAUGGUAGAAGGUUUUAUUACAAUCCUGCUGCAUUGACUGUUUUUCGGCAUUUUGGUGAACUUAAGCCAACAUCUGGGACAGAAAUACAGGUUGGAGACAAAGUUUCCAUCAAUCUGGAAGAGGAUGUUGUAAGAGUGAUGCAGGAGGGACAUGGAGGGUGGAAUGAUGAUAUGACACGUCUGCUACAGAAAGUUGGAACUGUCAUUAUGGUCCAACAAUGUGGAGAUCUUUCUGUUAGAUUUGAAUGUGGAACAGCGAAAACUUUUAACCCUCAUAUCUUCAGAAAGUUAACCAAAUAUGAUGCAUCGGUAUUAGUAGCCAAAGAAAAGCAAGACGAACCAAAAUGUCCGUUUAAAGUUGGUGACAAGGUCAGAGUUAUUUCUAAUGUAAGAGAAGCAGUUCGUAUACAGAGAAACAAAGGGUCUUGGGAUUUUAAAUUGACAGCUAUAGUGGGAAAAUUUGGAACCGUGAAAAGAGUGAGCGGUAUCAUUGUAAGCGUUCAUUUCGCUUUAACUGAUAAAACGUAA